AAUUUAAGUGCAAGUGCAAUCGAAAUUCAAUGGCAAUUUCGUAAAAAGUUUCUUUUUUUACGUAAAAAGACACAAAAAAAAAACGGCGCGUGUGAAAUUUUUCAACAACGACGUAGCAGCCAGAAGAAGCAGUCAGCAGUCGCAGUCGCUGUCUCAGUCUCUUCUCUGUGUCUCUUUUGCUGCAAAAGGAGAAGCUGAACAACAACAACUACAACAACAAAAUACCCCACACACAAAUAUUCUCAAUAGGUGUGCAUAAAGUGAAGCAAAUGUGCAAUAAGAAGAAGCAGACGCCGCGCGGCGACGUCGACGUCGACGUUGCAGGACAGGUUUAUCAAAAAAAAUAAAUACUAAAAGAAAUACUAAAACACAGCCAGUAUUUGCACAGUGCGUGUGUGUGUGUGUGAGCAACAACAACUAUGUGUGCAACAACAACCGUAACUACUUACAAAGCAACACGAGAAAGCAAAGUGAAAUUUAAUAAAACAACAACAGCAACGAGAAAAGCACGCAAUACCAAUUCAAAACCGUUAUUCAACAAUUUCUUGAAAUAAGUGAAAGAAGAAGGCAAAUACUGGUUUUUAUAUACAAAUACAUACAUACAAACAUAUAUGUGGAAAGAAACAACAACAACAAAAAGAGAAGCAACAACUAAAAAGUUGCUGCGCGAGAAAUUUUUACGUGUAUCAUCGGCGUGUGUGUGUGUGUGUUUGCCUCUGUGUAUUUGUGUUGCGUCUCUGCAAACUGUGUGAGAAAUAAAAUUAAAAAAGAAAGAAAAAAGUAAAGUGAAAAGCAAUGCUAAAAGGAAUUACAACAACACAGUCAGCAGCCCGGCAAACGGUCUGAAAGCAGUUACACAAAACGUGAACGCAACGUGAAAUAACAGUAAAAGUCUUAACGAAAAAAAAAGAGCUUCAAAGAAAGAGCGCAACAAAAGGCAACACGCGUGGGUGUCAACGUCACACGCACACACGCGACAGCAGCAGAACAGCGCAGCAGCAGCGGAACUAACUAAGGGGGCAGCAGAGGAAACAAAAGGCAGUGCAGCAGCAGCAACGCAGCAGCACAAUAAUUGAACAUACAUAUUUUCAAGGGCUCUCCCCAAGCGCCGCUGCGUUUUUUUAUUUAAAUUAUUUGAGGCAACAUGGAACCAAACAGACAUCACGAAUAUCAAACGCAUCAUCAUCCACAAUCGCACCACCAACUACAACAAAUACAGCAACAACAACAACAUCCUCAUGGGCAUGUGCAUCAACAACAUGCCGUACACCACCACCUACAUCACCAACCACCGCCAGCAGCAGCAGCACCACCACCACCACAACAAGCAACAGUCACAGGAGGCGCACCACCGCAACAACAACAACAACAGCAACACCACCUGCCACCGCAUCCGCAUUUGCACCAUCAGCAACAACAUCAUCACCUCCAACACCAUCAGCAGCAGCAGCAGCAACAACAAUCGUUGGUCAGCGGCGUUGGCACCACCGGCACCACCAGCAGCAGUUACCAUCAAUCGCAUCCCGCUUAUGUGCUAGGACCACGCGGUGGUGCAGCAGCAGCAUCUGUUAUGCCACCGACAGUUGCUGCGACAGGUGGUGGUGGUGGUGGUGUUGGUGGUGCAGGUAUCGAUCCCCAUAUGAAAUAUUACACCUCCAAUCGUGAGCUGAUUGUUGGCAAAAAGUCAACUGAACCACUGCCACAUGCCACAUGGCAGUACAAGACGACAAUGCCAGCAAUUGGUGCAAGUGGUGCGUCAGUGCCAAGGCACCACAACAGCGCCAUGUAUAGUACAAGCUACUGGCAGCCACAGCCACAGCAGCAGGAGGAGCAGUCACAACCACCUCAACCGUCAACGCACCACUUGUUGCAACAACAACAACAACAACAGCAACCGCGUUACAGCUACAACAAGGCACCACCGCCGCCAACAGCAACACGUCCAAGUGCAAUAAGCAGCAGCGUCAGUGGUGCAGCAGGUGGUGCAGCGAAUGGCAGCAAUCAACGCUACUACGAGGACAACUUGAAGUAUGCCAAGGUGUUAAGUUAUGCACCACCAACUGCAACAGCAACUGCCACACGCUAUGAGCUGAUGGAUCAUCAUGUGGUCAAUCCCAGCAAUGCGUUGUUGGGCACCACCGACCAACAGCCGAGUCCCAACUAUGCACGCAAAUGUCCGCAACAUUACGAGCCACCCACUGAGCAGCGUGGUGCAGCUGCCCCAGCAGCAGGAGCAGCAACAGUAAUCGCACCACCUGCACCACAACAACAACAACAACAUCAGAGUCUGUAUAUGCCAAUGCCACAGUUCAGCACAGAGAAUUUUCAAAAUACCGUGCACAGUGCUAUUGAGAAAUAUGUUCGAGAAUCGGCGCCAGCUCCGAGUCUCGACUACAGACGCAACUCCAGUGCAGGCAGCUAUGCACGUGCCACCACCACCAACUCCGCCACCACCGCCAACAACAACUACUAUAGCAAGCCAGGCUAUGGCAAAUUGGAAUCGGAGCCACCAAUUUUAACGCGUGCCUCGCUCUAUCAGAAUCCCUACAAUGCAACCACUGCACCACCACCACCACCACCGUCUGCGGAUAAAGAGGUGGCUGUCAGUUCGCGUGAUCCAUCACCCGUUGCGCCACAUGGUUAUCCUACCAAAUAUGGCAAACUGCUGCAGCAACAUACAUCAGUUGUGGCACCACCAACACCACAACAGCAGCAGCAGCAGCAGCAACAACAACAACGCACCACCGCCAGCUAUGCCCAGUACUAUCAUCAUGGCACGACUUCACCGGCAGCAGCUCAGGUGGCUUCACCCACAAUACCGUACAACCACACACCACCACCGAGUGGUGCAGCAGCGGCAGCCACAAAUGUCGUCGGCUCCAACUACUCCACACUGCAGGUGUAUCCACAUGGUCCAGAUAUUUGUUGUCAGCCGGUGGUGGGUAAAACUACCAUGCCACCACAGGUGGCUCCCAAGAAAGCCACGCCCACAGCGAAGCCCAACUAUAGGACAUUAAUAAAUGAUAUGCUUAAGAGGAAUGCGACCAGUGAGGAGGAGUUAAAUCUGAAGAUUAUUAAAAAGACGCUUAAUAUGGAGACACCAGGAAGUCGAAUGACUGUUGCACCACCUCCUCCAGCUGCGCUGCCUGCUCCUCCCCCCGCCCUCGCAGCCGUUCCCUUGGCUGCACCACCUGCCGCCCACUCACCGCUGGACUUGUCCAUGCGCACAGUGAAACAAACCGCCGACUCUACGGAAUACAAAUAUCUGCGAAAAUUGGGAGAAGCAAAGACUUUGUCGAGCUCUGUAACGGGUUUAGGGCUGCCACGUUUCGAUAUAACACCAAAUUUUGCCAGAGGAGGAGGUGCUGGUGCUAGUCCCGUUGCAGCCACAGCCGUGAUACGUCAGGCGCCAGCAGCAGCAGCACCACCAGCAUUACCAACACCAACAGUAACAGCACCACCUGCACCACUAGCAGCAGCAGCAGCUGCCACGCCCCUGCUGAUAAAGGCGGCACAACAGUUGCGUCCCAGUGUGCUGGAAACAAAUCCUUUUGCCAAGCGAACACAAUUGCCGCCAGAGACAAGCAUCAAAGUGAUGCCAAGUGUACCCAGCACCACCAGCAGUUGCAACACCACCACCAACAGCAGCGGCAGCAGCAGCACCACCACUCACAACAGCAGCAAUCCCAAUUAUCUGGGACGCAAACGUCAUUUACAGGAAUAUAAUAAUCAAGCCGCUGCUGCAGCAGCUAAAAUAUCUCGAUUGGAGGCACCACCACCAUCAACACCACCAACACCACAAACGGUACCUGUAAUUGCCAUCAAUGAGCAGGCGCUGGCCGCCAAACGUUUGGAGUCAUCCAUCAUUGUGUGUGCACCACACAAAGUGGAGUCAUCAGCCACAUUAUUACAGCCCAAGGUGGAGCCAAGAAUACGCACCAAAGCGGAGCUUAAGGGCUUCACAUUUACACCACCCGUGUUGGCGGCGGCCAGUUCCACCACCACAACAGCAGGAGAAGCGACAGUUCCUGCUCCGACUAGCACUGCAACACCAAUUUCCUCUCUCACAUCCUCGCCAGCUGCCACCUUAAUUCCAUUGCCCGCUCAACAAACAAAUCACAUACAAAUUAAGCUGGAACCGGCGCCCACAACCACGCCCACGCCCACACCCACUCCCGAAGAUGUGCACACUGUCAGCUUCUUGGAUUGGAGCAGCACUUGCAAUAAUCUUGUCGAGCAAUUGCUCCAAAAAGUGUUGCCCGUUAAAGCCACGCCACAAAUCAAACUCGAACUAAGUGAAGAUGAUUUGCCGGUGGCUCGAAUUCUAAAAAGACAACCCACAUUGGCCGAUGUGGAAUCGACAACAACCACAACACAACAGACAAACAACACGACAACCACCAACAAUGGCAUUGGUUUGAGUGGCAGUGGUGCUAAUGGUGGUGCACAAAAGAAGCUCAGCAAGAUGGAGCGAGAGAAGAAGCGUCUGGUGCAGGAGCAAAGAAUUGCCGCUAGAUUGGCGCCUGCGGCGGGUCAAAGCAGCAGCUCGGAAAGUGACACCACCGAGUUGCAUAAAAGGAAAACCGCUCGGCAGAAAAAGCCGCUGAUGAUGCGUAAAAGUAAGACACGACGAGUGGAGCAGAAGGAGAAGCAAUUGAAGCAGCAGCAAGCACACAAAUCACAAAGUAGCGAUGAGGAAGAGGAGCAGGAAGAAGAUGGCAACAGUUCGAGUGAGAGCAAGAAUACGGGAAAAGGCAAGAAGACGCUCAAAACAAAUAAAGUGCAAUAUGCGAAGCGUAAAAGUGCUGAGAAACAGCAUGAAAAGCAGCAGAAAAAGCAGCAGCAGUCUAAGGAGCAAAGCAGUGCAAGCGGCAAUGAAAUGGAACAAAAGCAGCAGAAGAAGGAUAAAGAGAAGCAGCAGGACGAAGAUGAGGAGCAGCAGGACGAAGAUGAAGACGACGAAGAAGAAGAGGAGGAGGAGGAGGAAGAAGAAGAGGAAGAAGACGAUGAAGAAGAAGAUGCAGACGCAGAUGCAGAUGAAGAGGAGGAAACAGAGUCUACAAAACGCCAAAAACCAACAAAAAGCACAAGAAAACCUCAGCUGAAACAACAACAACGCAUUGCGUUAAACACAAUGACGCGUUCGAAGCGUAAAAAGGAAUUGGAACUACAAUUGGCCAAUAGCAAAGUGUUGCGCAAUGAUAAGAUCAUUAGGAAUUCAACAACAAAAAUUAAACGGAAAUAUGUGAGGAAACUUGUGCCCGAUGGCAAAAAGGAAAUGAUGAUGACACGUCUAAGAAAUAAACGUGCAGCUGGCGUUGAUCUUGGCCAGCUGAAUGGCCACAAACUCAAGGCCAACAAAAGUAAAGGCAACAACAACAACAACAGCAACAGCAAGUCAAAUACAACACCACAGCAACAAUUGUUUUUAGAGGAAUAUCGCUAUAAGUUGGCUUUAAAAAUACCGCAACGUUUAAUUUCCAUCAACAAGCUGAACAAGUUGCCACAAGUGGCAGCUUCAUUGCCGGAUCUGGAGCGUGGACGUGAUCGCAGUCAGGAGUUGGCCUGCUUUAAGCCAGGACGUGGACGCAAGCCGCGUGCCAAGCUGCAACAGUUGCAGCAGCAACAAUUGAAGUUGCAACAACAACAGCAGCAGCAACAACAACAGUUGCAACAAAAGCUUACACCCAAAUCAAUUAUUGAUGUGCUGCAUCGUCGUGUCACUAGCAAUGGUGGUGCAACUGGCAACACCACGACCACCACCACUACAACCACAAAAAUGCAACUUGCCGCUCAUGUGGCAAGUGGCAACUGUGCCGCCAGCUUGCAUACUUACAGUGAAACCUCACAAACCAGCGCCUCCAAUUCUCUGUACGAGCAGGCAACACAGGAUUUCAACAGCAGUGCACCACCGGCAUCUGCUGCACCACCCAUGCCACUGGAUGAUGCCACAGGCAGACGGCAUUUUAGCAUCUUUGAUACAAAAGUGUUGCAGAGCAAAACACGCACUGAAUCCAAGUUGCAGCAACGUCGUGAAAUCAUACGGGAAAUCUUUGUGGGCACUGAGCGACCUGCGUCUGCACCACCCGAGUGUGCACAGGGUGCCACACAGGGGGAUGGGGAGGAGUCUGCCGCCGCCAUAAGCUAUCAACAGUAUGAGGAGUUCCUGGAGCAAAUGAAUCGCAUUGUGAGUGCCAACAACAAUAAGCUGGCACGGCACAGGCACCACCCCAAUGAGCUGGAGACGCACGGCGGCAGCACCACCGAGAAGACAACGACACCUGCCAGCACCACCCAUUGUCCACAUAAGCGCAAGUAUCUGAGGCGAAAAGGUAGCUCUGGUUUCGAUUAUAUACGCAAAAAGAAGCGACCGACGCCGCAUCCACCAAGUAACAGCAUCAGCACCAACCAUAGCACCACCCAGGACGAGGCGGCUUCCAUGGCAGCAGCUGCUGCUGCUGCUGCAGCGGCGGCAGCGGAUGAGCGUCUGGAGGAUACGGAUAGUACAAUAGCGGGCAGCACCACCUCCCAUUUGCCCCUCAAAGUCAAGACGGAGCUGGACGUGUGUCGGGAGAUUCAGAAAUGGGUGCUCAACAAGGGUGUGGGUCAAAGUACAAUGCACAAGGCGGCACGUCAAGGAUUAAUCGAUGUGGUUGUCUAUUGUCUCGAUCGUAUGGGCAUGAAUCCCGAUCAAAAGGAUAAUGCCGGCUAUACGCCCUUGCAUGAGGCAUGCACCCAAGGUUGGCUCGAGAUUGCCCGCAUUCUGUUGCAAUACGGUGCCAAUCACUCGGUGGCAGCGCAGUCGGGAAUACGACCGUUGCAUGGCGCGAUCGAGAAUGAUCACGAGGAGGUUGUCCGUCUACUUUUGUCCUAUGGCGCCGAUCCGUUGCUGGCAACGUAUUCAGGUCAAACGCCACUCAUGUUAGCUUCAAGCAAAUUGAUGUGCGGCAUUUUGCGCUCUCACCUCAGCGAUGCACAAAGUGCGGCCGCUGACAUCGAACCGAUGAGAUUUCAGGGACCCUGGGAAAUAUUUGAUGAAAAGGAAAAUGGUUUUGAUAUAUUCGAUAAUGUACCGAAUACAGCAUGUGAUAUGAGCAGAGCUCUACGUAGAGAAAGAAGAAGAAGGCGAAAACGAAGUCAUGGCAACAACGAGAGAGAGAAAACCAACAACAACAACAACAACAAUAGCAACAGCAGCAGCAAUAAUAACGGAUUGUUGUUGCAGGCAAAGGAAGAAGUGAACAAGGAGACGAUUAAACAAAAUGGGGAGACAAGUGCAAAGACUGCAACAACAACAACAACAGCAACAACGAUGGUAACAAUGGUGAAAUUGGAGCCUGGCACUGAGGAUAGCAAUAACAACAACAACGAUAACGAUAACAGUGUUGAGCAAAAUGUAACAAGUGUUGUGAAUGUCAAGAAUGAGGUUAAACUGGAGCCCCAAGAUGAAGACGAGCAUAUGAAUAUAAAUAUGAUUACGAAUAUGAAUAUAAAUAAUAGCGUAUUGAAUAAUGUGAAUGAUAAUACUGAGCAUUAUAAUCAUGAUGAUGAAUUGGAUGAUGAUGAUGAUGAUGUUGAUAACGAUCGAGAGACGUUGACGGACGAAUUGAAUGGUGAUAUUUUUGAAUUUGAAGAGGCCGAUGUGCCCUUGCCACCACUGUACUUGCUCAAAGAUGAGGGCAGUGAUAAAUGGGUACUCUUAAAUGAUUUGUGCAAUUUACUUAAAGUCAAAUCAAAGGAUACGCUGCUAAAUAAGAUCUGUCCAAAUAGCAACACACUGGCCAGCACACAGAAACAAUUGCUGAGGGAGUUCAAAAUUGAUGACUUUCUAGAGCAAGCAACCUGCCUGCAAUUGCUGUGCGCCGGCGAGAAGUUAAAUAUGUUUAGCUCCUCAAAGGUUGUGCUCAUCAAAUACAACGAGAGCGUCCGAAACUUGUUGGGAGUUAAAACCAUUUUAAUGAAAUUUUAAAAAACAAAAUAAUGAAACGUAAUGAAUAUAGUAUAUAUAUACAUACAUUAAUAUAUAUAAGUUACUAUAAAUACUAUUAGUAUGAAAAAUAUAUAAAUAUAUCUAUAUAUUUUAGCUAGUAAUUUUAGUAGUGGUCAGUUUGACGUCUUUGUCUUUGGAAGGCAAAGUCUUUUAUAUAAAACAAUUAGAGCUAAGUGCAAAAGUGAUACAAAGGUGCUAUACACACACAAACACACAUACACAUAAAUACACACUUAACAAAAUUAAA